CGCGAUGCAGCCGCCCCAAGGACGUGGCCAACGCGCACAUCGACGCGGGCAACACCACGCUGGUCAACACCCGCCUGCGCUACACCUGCAACCCGGGCUACAAGCGCAAAGCCGGCACCUCCAGCCUCAUCCAGAAAAUCGCCGCGACCAGCGAGCCCGACUGGACCCAGACCACGCUGCGGUGCAUCCGGGAUCCGGCGCUACCUCCGCUAACGCCCAGCCCUGAGCUCCCGACCGCGCUGCGCACCGAGAGGACGACUCAGAGGGAAACCAGCCUGAUCUCCAGCCCCUCUCCAGCAGCAACUCCCAGGCUGCCGGGAGCUGCCAGCCGGUCACCCGUGCCACCAGCACCUGAUAAGCCGUCGCCGGAGACAUCCACGCUGCCAGGGAUGUCCCCAUCACUGCCGACAUCCACACCGGGAGAGGGGACAACCCCGCUGUCCCCUGCCCCGGGGGACCACGCCACAGUUUCCAUCCAGACCUUGGCCCCUUCCAUUGGGCUCUCCGUGCUGGCGGUCGCCGGCAUCGUGGUCUGCUGCUGCUGGAGGAGGAGGAAAAUGCGCAUGGGGCAGGACUACGAGGUGGCGAUGACGGCCAUGCCCACGGGAGUGGCUCCUGCCACGGAGGACGAGGAGAUGUUGCCACCCGAUGUCUUCCCCACGGGCUGA